UGCAGCGGCUGUUCUGUUACCGGAGCCACGCAGAGAGAGAGAGGAGGCACAGGCACUGGCAAAAGAGUUGAGCUGCACACACAAGGAUUUUUCCUUAUUCCUGCCGAGGACGACGUUGUCAAAACCGGAAUUUAUGGCCGCCAGGAAGUGGUAGUAUCGGUGGGGAGAUAUUCGGCGUUUGAAAGGAACAUUGGCUGCAGCCCCAAGAUGCCCCGUGGCGUCGUCUGAAUCAGCAACUUCUGCUGCUCUCAGACCGAAAACACUCACGACAACAAGGAGCUGCAUAACCUGCAAGGAUCCAGCAGUAGGUGCUCUCUCCGUCAGCAGCUGGGACUCCAUGGCUGCCGCUUGAUUCCCUGCACUGUCCAGUAUCCCACACGUUUGAGGCUUGGAUAGUGUUCAUCCGUGUUGAACUACAGUCAGUUCCUGCAGCCUGUAGCUUCAUGGAGGGGUUUCCUGUCCACUGACCUCACGGGACCAGCAGCCAUGUCCGCUUGCAGCACCUUCACAGAGCACGUGUGGAAACCAGGCGAGUGCAAGAACUGCUUUAAACCGAAGAGUCUGCACUCUCUGUCUCAGAGUGGUGGGAGGAAGCCUCCCUCUGAGCAGAGGCCUACUACAGUUCAGCAACAGAAUCCACCCCCUGCUGGGGCCAGAGCCAACCCUAACUUAACCAUCAACUCCCAGAGAGCUGGCAGUGGUUCUGCGCGCACAGGACACGUACGUCCCCCGGUGGCUAAGAAGCCAACGAUUGCGGUUAAGCCCACCAUGAUGCUGCCCUGCUCCUCUGCAGGAUUGGAUUCAGAUGGCAAUUUACAAAGACCACCACAUGUGAUGGAACAAGGCAACAUUUCAGCCUUCACAGUUUGGAAUCGCAAUGGAAUGAACCGUAAGAGGCCUGGUGGGCCCAGCAACAACAACGAAGGAGAGGAUGGCAGUGAGGAGAUUGAAGGUUAUGGACAAUUUAGCCCAAGGACCCCCAGUGGAAAUAACAACAGUGGACUUACAGAUGUCCUAAAGGAAAUCGCUGGGUUAGGCCCUGGCUUUAGCCCUGGCUUUAGCCCUGGCUUUAGCCCCACAAACCCUUCUGGUUCCAAGGACUUGUUUUGGGGACGUAUUAGUAGUUCAUACAGACGCUCCUUGGAAAGAGGCCUUCCAGCCUCAAGCUGUCGUGCCAUGGGAAGCAGCGGCUGUGGUGGUGGUGGUGGCACUCCUCACAAACGGGUAUCCCUUAGCGAUGGCUCUAAGGUCAUCAGCACAGAGGGUGGUCGCUAUUGCUACCCCGAGUUUUCCAGUGACGAUGAUGACGAAGAGGAUGAUUAUGAUGAAGAGACUGAAAGGGAUGAUGAACAUGAGAGCUGGGAUGAAAGUGAUGAAGAGUUACUAGCCAUGGAGAUCCGUAUGCGAGGCCAACCACGUUUUUCUAUUUUCCGUGCCGCUACAUUGUCUCCGGUGCCCUUUGCUGCAGGUAAGAAGUGGAAUACUGUGCCACUUCGCAACCGCUCACUACAGCGGAUUUGUGCAGUGGACUAUGAUGAUAGCUAUGAUGAGAUCUUGAAUGGAUACCCAUCCCUGGACUCCAAUGGGGCGCUUCUUCCCUAUCUGACCCAUGACAUGCAAGGCAGUGGGUUCCUAUCAAACUCAGAGUCUACCACCUCUCCGGAAUCAUCCUCAUCGCUACCAGAAGAUUCUCGAACAACUUCCAGCAGUGGGAGCAGUGCUCCUUGUGCUCUUCGAAAUGGCUUGCAUUCUCCCAUAUCUCCUAAGGCACCUGUCCCCUGCACUUCGCCUCUAAAAAAGGAGCCCGUCCAGAAAGCACUGAGUCCCCUCAAGGUGACUGAAACACACAAGGCUGUCCUGGCCAUUAGGUUAGAAGACCAGGAAGGAAGAGAAGGCUUGCCUAUGCCCCAGGCCCUUCCAGGUCAACCAGUCACCAUCAGCUUUAGUCCCACAGAGGAGCAGGCUAAACCGUACCGUAUAGUGAAUUUGGAAAAAUCCCUAAUCUGUAAGCCUUACACUGUAGUGGACGUGUCAGCAUCCAUGGCCAACAAAGAAGAGAAGACUUCAGACUCUACUCCAAAACUCAAAAAACUGUCAAUGCCUACCAGCCCCACAUCAUUCUGUAACGCUCCUAAAGGUCAUCCCCUCUCUCCAACCUCCCCACUUUCUCCUUCUUCGCCUGCGAUGCCAACAUCCCCCACAUCUGUAGGUCUGCCAGGUAACUCCCGGAAGAAAUCAGGGAACAUACGCUACCAAGAAGUGUGGACAUCAAGCACAAGUCCUCGCCAAAAAAUACCUAAAGUGGAUCUCGGGGUUAGGAAUAAUGCUGGCCCCUCCAUCACUACUCAACACUGCAGCCACAAGUCAGCUCCCACUUCUCCCAUCGCUGGGCUACCUUCUUCACGAACUGUCCCUGUGAAACCCUCCAACUUCUCAGAGAUUAAGUUUAACAGUUUCAAUAAUGCCGGCAUGCCUCCUUUUCCUAUUAUUAUUCGAGAUGAACCAGCUUAUGCCCGCAGCUCCAAGAAUGCCGUUAAGGUACCUAUUGUUAUCAAUCCAAGUGCAUAUGACAACCUAGCUGUGUACAAGAGCUUCUUGGGACUCAGUGGGGAAAUCCCACAGCCAAAAGCGGUGGGCAGUAGAGUGGCCAGCCAUACCUAUGAAGAGAUUGGAUCCUCUGAGAGCGUCCAGUCCUCCUCCACAGAGAAAACUAUCUCUGGUCGAGGCACAUCAGAGCGAGCGUCUUCUGAAGAGACAAAAUGUCCACCUGAGGCAGCGUCAAAAGCCCCAAAUGUCCAACCUAGAACCACUACAGACUCUAGCACUGUGACAAGCACUGUGGUGAGCUACACCGUUGGCGCCCUCUCGCCCACUACACAAACAAAUUCCCCUGCAUUUCUUUCCAAUACUGCAAACCUACCUAAAGCCAGCCCAACUGCCAAUGCUGUUACACAUGCUUGCAAGACAAGUGGAGACAAUAAAGAUGAUCAUACAGACUUAGCUGUGUCUUCUGUGGUAGUGGUAAGCCAAAGGGAGGAGGCCAGUGCUGUGCUUUUACAGAUUGUGGCUUCCAUUCAUCCUCCCUUGUCUCCUCCAGAGUCGCCCUCUGCACAAGCCUAUACCGACGGUUCUGAGGAGCUGUAUGCCCUCCCACCUGAUGCCAUGAAGGAGACCCUCACCCGACCCAAGUCUCUCUUUUCAACAACCGAUGGCUGUCUUUCCAAACCCAAGAAGGAAACGCCCACAAAAGUGUUAUCUAAAUCCCAGAGUGCCUCUGCUGCUGUCCCACUCUCCAGCCCCCGGUCAGAGCCCAAUGCCCCCUUCCCUCCUCCUAGAUCUACGUCUUCCCCUUACCACGCAUCUAACAUCCUGCAAAGACAUUUUGGCAACUGGACCAAGAGCUCUGCGUCCAGUUCUCCUGUACGACCAAGUGAAGUUGAAGCGAGUCCAGGUGCAGAGGGGAGACGUAUUUCAAAUGAAAGCGCCAAACCCAAGCGCUGGAUCUCCUUUAAGAGCUUUUUCCGUCGGCGGAAAGACGAGGAUGAGCAGAGAGAAAGGGCGGAGAAAGAGAAGGAGAAAGGGAAGAUAGUUGGGCUUGAUGGAACAGUCAUUCACAUGCUUCCACCACCACCAAUCCAACAGCACCACUGGUUCACCGAGGCCAAGCCAGAGGAUCCCACCCAGAAGCCGACAAUCAUCUUCACCUACAAACCAGAAAAUGGCAGCGCCCCAGAUGAAGAGGAGGGAGAACUACGAGUGGAGGAGUGUAGAGAAAAUGCACUGCUGACAUCUGAUGAGAGUAAGGAAUGCAGAGCUCUGAGCCCCGGGCGAACAACACCCUCUCACAACACUGGAAGUGAUGUCAUCAGCAAGGAUCUCAGCCAGGUACCAGUCAGUGGCAGCGCUGCCAGGGAUGGGGGGGGGCCAGGCGCCUCCCUGCCUGCCAAAGUGAAUCUGGGGCUGCUGCUCGGGGAGGGAGAGGAGGGUCCGGCCAACCAGGUCUCCACGGCAGCCUCAGCCAGCGAGGGCAGUGCCAGCCUCGGAGAGCCCGAGGACGACGGGAAUCACUCCCCCGCCUCCAGCCAAUGCAGCGCCACAUACAGCAACCUGGGUCAAUCCAGAGCAAACAUGAUCCCACUGAAACAACCCCGAAACAUCAAAGCAUCCAACGAUACGUUAGCCUCCAUCGAUCUGGACAGCCUUGCUGACCAGCCGGCCCUGAAGGCAACACCACCCCCUCUACCUAAGAAGAACGUUCCUCGCUCCAAUACCGAACCCAACCUCGCCGGCAAAGACUCUGUCCUGAGAGCGCGGGCUGAGGCUCGCCCUGGGGGCACCAACCUGAGUGUGGCCAACCCCAUCUACGACCUGGACUCCACGUGGGAGACGGCCAGCCAGAGCUCCUCCCUCAGCUCCGAGCCUCAUCGCGUCCACGACCAGGAGAGCGGGGACUCUCUGGAGAGAUCAGCUGCUACUAACAAAGUCCGCCCCACUAACAGCGUGUCCUCUCUGGUUCCUCAACCUGCGUCUGCUGCACCCAGCGCCACGACGAGCAGAGAGAGGAGGGCCUAUCUGAGCACAGAGUCUCUGGCCGGGAGGGGUCGUUCAGCGGGUCGAGGCGCUGCUGCUGCUGCUGCUGCCGGAGGCUCCAAAGCCCAGAGACCCGCUCUGUACCGGGGGUUGGACAGCUGGGACGAGGUGGUGGGGAGGAUCCGGGGGCUCCACACGGACACGCUGAGGAAGCUCUCAGCAAAGUGCGAGGACCGCUUCAUGGCCGGUCAGAAGGACCACUUGAGAUUCGGUACUGACAGCUGGUCUCACUUCAGGCUGACCACCGGGAGACCCUGCUGCGAGGCGGGGGACGCUGUGUACUACACCGCCUCCUACGCCAAGGACCCACUGGUCAACUACGCCAUCAAGAUCUGUCGGAGCAAAGUGAAGGAGACCCAGCAGCAGUUCUUCCACAGCCUGGCAGUGAGGCAGAGCCUGGCCGUGCACUUCAACAUCCAGCAGGACUGUGGACACUUCCUGGCUGAUGUGCCCGGCCGCCUGCUGCCCUGGGAGGAGGAGGAAGGUUCGGAGGUGGAAGAGGAUGAGGAGGAAGAUGUGAAGGAGAAAGAGAAAGACAUUGAGAGUGUUACCAAGACAACAGACUCCAAAGCUCCAAACGGUAAACUAGAUGAAACCCAAGCAGCGGGUCACAUGAACACGGUGGGCCGCCUGAGGAGCCGCGUGGUGGUGAUCACUCGCGAGGUGCCCUUCCAGACGGUGGCCGACUUUGUCCGGGAGGGCGUGGCGCGACACACCCACAACCCGGAGCUGUACGAGCGGCAGGUCUGCCUCCUGCUGCUGCAGCUGUGCUCCGGCCUGGAGCACAUGAAGCCUUACCACGUGACGCACUGCGACCUGCGGCUGGAGAACCUGCUGCUGGUGCACUGCCAACCUGGAAACCCCUGGAAUACGGACCCCCUGGAGCCCAACAACAACAACAGCAGCAGCAGCAGUGGGGGGAGCAGCGGUUCUGGUGCGACCCCCGCCGGUGCCGCUGCUGCCGCCGCCAACGCCACCUGCCCCGCCCGCCUCAUCAUCAGCAACUUCUCUCAAGCCAAACAGAAAACGGCUCUCGUGGCCUCCGACCCCGGAACGCUGCGCGACCAAUCACGCCUCGCGCCGGAAAUCGUCACAGCGACUCAGUACCGCAAGUGUGACGAGUUCCAGACGGGGAUCCUCAUCUACGAGAUGCUGCACCGGCCGAACCCCUUCGAGGAGACGCCGGAGCUGAAGGAGCGAGAGUACACGUGGGCCGACCUGCCGCCGCUGCCCGUGCGCUCGCUCUACUCUCAGGGCCUGCAGCAGCUCGCCCGCCUGCUGCUCACCGUCAACCCCUCGGAGAGGAUCCGCAUGUCGGAGGCCCGGGCCUGCCUGCAGUGCCUGCUCUGGGGCCCCCGGGAGGACCUGUUCCAGGCGCUGGGCUGCAGCAGCAGCUCGGGGCCCAUGUCGGGGGCGACCUCCAGCCAGCGCGAGGCCACCCUCCAGAACUGGCUGGACCUGAAGCGGACGCUGAUGAUGAUCAAGUUUGCGGAGCGCUCUCUGGACGCGGCGUGCGGCGUGAGCCUGGAGGACUGGCUGUGCUGUCAGUACCUGGCCUUCGCCUCCACGGACACGCUGAGCCGGGUGGUGCACAUCCUGCAGCAGCCCCAGCCCCAUCCCCAGUCCCAGAGCCAUCAAACACAAACCCUCCACCCGACGCAGCCACUCUGAGCUCCUCCAGCCAGCUGUUACUAUGGCAACAGGUCCAACUUCCCCCCCCCGUGUGGCCCCCUGUGCUCAGGCUAAUGUGUGAUGUAAGCGUAUAGUCAGCUUUGUUGUUGCAGUGCUCACAUAAAACUCCUGGGCUGGGUGUGUCUGUGUUGCCUUCAUGGACACAUCGCUCCACAGAGUGAGGCGUUCACAUCCAUCACCAUCACGGUUAUUCUGAGCGCUCAUUAGCAACAGCGGGACGGUUCAGAGUCCCGCAGAUGAAGUGGCUGUCUAAAGCAAACUGAAUCAUUAUUAUCAGGUUGACGUCAUUCUGGCUCCUGGCAGCGACUUCUCUUCUUUCAUCACUUCAUCUGUUGCUUCAGCCCGUCACAUCUCAAGUGUUCAAACGCUAAAAGUUCCAGAUUGAAGAGAUUUACCAAAUGCGUGAGGGGCUUUUUGAAAUGUUUCAGUCCUUCAAGACUACAGAUAUCAUGAUAUUUUAAAUAGUUUGCAUGGCAGCCGUCUCCACUCCAUCAAAUGGAAUAAAGUGGGGAUGUUAUAUUGUUACACAUCAAAACUCUAUAGUAAUCAUCUAAACGUCAGAAAGCAUCAGAAAUUGAGAUAUAUCUGAGAUUUUCAAAACACCAUUUUCAGAAGAAGAUAAAGAGAAAACACAUAUUUGGGGGGGAAAACUAAUCAAAAAACAUAAAAAUGAAAUACGAUUUACCACUGAAGCCAAAGAUCUGCCACAAAUCAUCCACUUAGAUAGUUUAAAGAUACUUCGACACAUUUUUACAAGAGAUGUUCAUUUCAGUUUGUUACAUAAUGCAGUCCGACAUGACAAUAACUAGAUUGGGUUUUAGCCCCAAAAGAACAGCCGUGACUCAAAUCAGUGAGAUGUCACUCUUUGUGGUGAAACGAUUACAAAAGCCAGUGUGGAGUUGAACGAUGUUGUUCCAUGCCACACUUUACACUUUGAACGAGGUAGGUGGUUAACACUGAGCUAAUUUCGGCUUAUCUUUCAAACACUUUGAAGUGAAAAUGGGACACAACUUCUUCGGCUGUUAGCUUGCUUUCUAGUCGGAGUAUGUGCAAUGACUAUUUUUGUUUAUUUCCUUUGGAGAUAAGAACAUUUCAAGCAGUCUUUUACUAACCUUCCAUUAGUUCUGUGGCACAUAAACUGAUCCAUUUCCUGCAAGUGAACCGGACUUCUUACGGUGGAUGGGAGACAGGGAUGUUUCAGGGUCUGUUGCGUUGUUUUUGUCAAGUUGUUUUCGGACGGUUCUGCGUUUACAGAUGGCAUUUUGCACAUUCAGUGUGAACGUCCUCGGUGGAGACUGAACACGCGAGGGUGCAAGAGAGUUUGAGAAAAGUUCCCGGGGGAAUUUGAGGAACUGGAUUUGUUUUUGCAGCGUGUGGAAUGUAAAGGUUUUGCGUGGACUGAAACAGAAAUUUUUUUGGACCUGGUCUCAUCUGCUUCGGAGACUCGCUCAUCUUCCAGCUGAACCGCUUAGUUUCACAUAUGAAGAAGAAUCAUCCACAGCCUUGAAGAGAGAGAGAGACUCGCCUCCAUUCCUCCUGCCUUGUUUCCCGUCCACUUUCUUGUUAUCCUGCCAAUACUGUACGACGGCAUUAAUGCUCACUUCCUGUCACUCAACGGAUUCAUUCUGCUUUAAUUAAAUGAGCUCUGUGUUAUUGAUCAGUACCUUUCAGCUUAGAGUCAGUGGUAGUAGUAGCCUAUCAAGCCACCAUGAAAACAACUCAUUGUAUCCACUUUUUACUGCGUUUAUGGUGAAACCCCCUGAAAAGCAUCGUUAAUUCACAUAUAAUCUGUACUUGGUGUUCUUUUCUCUGGUUAUCUGCAGCUCUUUAGCUUGUGUCCUGAAAUGUCCUGUGAUCCUUUUUACUGCAGUACGAGACGGUCCACGGAGCGCAAACGAGACAAAGCAGGUGUGAGUGUGUUGCUGCAUUUAAAGGUUUUGUGUACUAAGGAGUGUGUGUGGACAGCACUGGUGGCUGUCCUUGUAUCUAGAGAUUUAAGCCUUUAUAUAGUAUAUAUAGUAUAAAUAUAUAACCUUUAUCUAUUUUAAUCCACACACUAUUUUGUCGCGUACGGAGCACCUCUUUGUCUGUCUUUUAGAAAGUCUAAUUAUCAUUUUAUUCAUUUUGAAAGCUUGACUUUCUUCGCUUGUUUUGAAGGGAGGGAAAUCAUUGUCCUACACACAGGAUUCAUUCACACAUAUUCUUCUUCAAACACCUUACAUACAGAACAAUGUACAGUAUUUUUACCCCCGUGUAAAGUUUAGGAGAUGAACCACUUUGGGAAGAGGCUGGAGAAUGACUUUUGAACGCACCAUUCAACCCGACAUCAUCAGCUGUUUCUCUUUCUCUCUCUUUGCAUUGUUGAUUGCCACUGAACAGAAAAACUGAAGCUCUCUAAGGCUUUCUUUUAAAAUGUGUACAGUUUGUCUCCUGGCCUGCCUCCAUUUAUUGUUGAUCAAGUUAACCAACAGUAACAGAACAAUAAAUAUAUGUUUUUAUAAAUACA